AAAGGCGUUGUGAAGUAACUUUAAUUUUAGACGUGCUCAAAGAGUAGAGGAAAAUGGCGCAAUUCACAUUUGAAGGCGAUUUUGAAAUCCUCGCUGACCCUCAAAUAAAACUAGUUGAAAGUGCUCUUCACAAGCAAGGAUUCACAAGUGGAAAAAUUGUUGUAGAGCCAGUGGGUCAAAAAGGCGAUAAUUACAUUGCACACGUGAAGAGAUUCAUUUACGAAGCGGAAGAUGGAACUUCAUUUAAGAUGAUCGGAAAAGUUGCACCUGUAGCCGUACAAUUAAGACUAAUGAUGAAAACAAAGAUUCUAUUCAAUAACGAAAUCGUUAUGUACACUCUAGUUUUGCCUAAGCUGAAUGAUAUACAAAACUCGGUCGGUGCCGCUGACGAUGAAAAAGUAAGAUUUCCAGCUUGCUACGGAGUCGUGACUGAAGAACCGUACGAAUUCAUUCUGCUUGAAGAUUUAAAAGAGGCAGGUUUUGAGAUGCUUGACAGAAUGAAACCCUUAACCAAUGAGAGUGUUCGUUUAGUCGUUAAGGAUUUGGCCAAAUACCAUUCACUUUCUUAUGCAUUCAAAAAUUCUGAACCAGAAAUAUAUGAAAAUUACUCAAACAAACUGUUAAAUAUGUGGGCCAUUAUGUCUGCUGAACCUGAAUCACAGCAGUUUUUUGAAUCGCUCGAGAAUCAGCUUCUCAAAAUGAUGUAUGAUGUGAGUGACAAGUACAAGAACGUUGUAAGAGGGUCGUUGACACAAAUAGCUCCAAUUUCCAAGAAAAUUGAAAGUUAUGAAAAGGGUUCAAAAUAUUCUGUGAUCCAGCAAGGUGAUUGUUGGAAUAACAAUAUCCUGUUCCGGCUUGAAGACGGCAAGCCUGUUGAUGACGUGAUGAUCGAUUACCAGCUGGCAAGAGAAAGCAACCCUGCUUCCGACCUUCUGUAUCUUAUCUUCAACUGCACAGACCACGCCACCAAACUGAAGCACUACCAAGAAUGGAUCGACUAUUACCAUGAAAACCUCGACUACUUCCUUAACCUACAUGGUCUUAAAGCCAGCCGCGUAUUUCCCAAAGACCAACUUGACGCAGACCUUAGAAGAUAUGGCAAAAUGAUGGUUAAUCUAGGUUUGAUGCUGUCAUCUAUAUUAGUAAGGGAAUCUAAAGAUGUAGUGGAUCUUAAAGAAAUGACUGGCGAUAAGGAGAAGAUGGCGGGAGACACAACGGCUCAGAUGGACGCCAAAUCACUGGAUGUAUCGACUAUUGUUAAACUGAGAGAAAAAAUCAUUGGUAUUAUUGAUACUGCUCUUGAGUUUGGGCUUAUUUAA